CCAUUGAGGAUCUUCGGUGGCACUUUUCGCUCUGACUCGGCUGUCUGUCACGUCACGUCACGUCACACUGGCAUCUCUCCUCCGGGCAGAAAUUCCACUCUGGCGACCAGGGAACUCCUUGGAAAGAUGAAAACAGAACAAAACUUGAUGCCUUGUCAUAGUUAACAUGGAAGCUGCACCUUAGCCGGCGUGAUCCACUCUGUCUUUUUGUUAUUCAGAGACUGCCCUCGGAGGGAAUGAUAAGAGAUGAGACACUGCAAUCCUAGAACACAUCAUCAUGAGCAUCAAGAACCUGGGAGGAGCAUUAGGGGAAUCCCUGGGCUCUAGCCUGACAGUGCGUAUGAGUGGGGCGGGCGGUGGAUGGAGCGCUCUCUCCCUGAAACCUGUGCCCUCAGUGCGUAUCGGCUCCAUUUUCCAGACUAUGGUUCCUACUGGUUAUAACAAAUUGCAGGAAGAUCGAUUAGCCAUGGUUGACCUGGGUGAAAAACCUGAGGCCAGCUCGCUGCAGAAUGGCUACAGACAGGAAACGUCUCAUAUCGAAGGCAGGCGGAUCCUGGACAGGGCCUCUCGGUCCUCUGUGACUUUAUCAGAUUGUGGAGAUGGGGGCUGCUCCGAGACAAAGCCCAUGCUGGCAGAGUGGAGUCUUUCCGGGGAGGACGCAAGUGAUGAGGAGGAAGAAGAUGAGGUGGAGGCGCCGGCAUCAGAUGUGUCGAAUAUGCCUAAAGAAUCGCUGCUGGCUAUGGCUUUGCAGAUUUUGGUGCCUUUUCUCCUAGCUGGGUUUGGAACGGUGUCAGCUGGAAUGGUGCUGGAUAUUGUGCAGCACUGGGAGGCCUUCCAGUACAUCACAGAGAUCUUCAUCCUGGUCCCUGCUCUACUGGGCCUGAAGGGAAACCUGGAGAUGACUCUGGCUUCAAGACUGUCCACAGCUGUAAAUGUUGGGAAGAUGGACUCCCCCAUAGAGAAGUGGAAUCUAAUCAUUGGCAACCUGGCGCUGAAGCAGGUUCAAGCCACUGUGGUGGGAUUCCUGGCAGCUGUAGCAGCGGUUGUGCUUGGCUGGAUCCCAGAGGGGAAGUUUCAGAUGAGCCACGCUGUGUUGCUCUGCUCAAGCAGCGUGGCCACGGCCUUCAUAGCCUCCCUGCUGCAGGGUAUCAUCAUGGUCGGGGUAAUUGUGGGUUCGAAAAAGACGGGCAUCAAUCCGGACAAUGUAGCCACGCCCAUUGCAGCCAGUUUUGGUGACCUCAUCACCCUGGCGAUCCUGGCCUGGAUAAGCCAGGGCCUCUACAAAUGCCUGGACUCCUAUCCUUAUGUGUCAUCGUUGGUUUGCGCCUUCUUCAUGUGUCUGACUCCUAUGUGGAUGGUCAUUUCCUCCAAGCACCCGGCCAGCCGCACGCUGCUGUACUCCGGAUGGGAGCCAGUCAUCACCGCCAUGGUCAUCAGCAGUAUUGGAGGACUUAUUCUGGGCAAAACUGUGUCUGACCCAAAUUUCGCCGGCAUUGUUGUAUACACCCCAGUUAUCAACGGUAUUGGUGGAAACCUAGUGGCCAUUCAGUCCAGCAGGAUUUCCACCCACCUGCAUGUCCACUGCGCUCCCGGAGAAGUUCCUGAUGAGGCCAAGGGCUGCUACUACCCCUGCCGUACAUUCUGUGGCACAGGAGCAAAUCAUCGCUCAGCUCAGGUGCUGGUGCUGUUACUGAUCCCUAGCGACCUAGUCUUCCUGUACACCAUCCACCUGAUGAAGAGCGGCCACACCACGUUGACCCCCAUCUUCAUGUCUGUCUAUCUGACUGCUGCUCUGCUGCAGGUGCUGCUGCUGUUGUGCAUAGCAGACUGGAUGGUUCAUUCAAUUUGGCAGAGCGGCAAAGACCCAGACAGCUUCUCCAUUCCUUACCUAACCGCUCUUGGUGAUCUGCUGGGCACGGCCCUGCUGGCACUCAGCUUCCACUUCCUGUGGCUCAUAGGUGACCAGGACAGCGACGUGGGAGACUGAGCAGGCCUUUAGGAGACUCAGCAGCCUGGAACUCCCAGCUCUUAUGCCCUCGGGCUCUGAUGGGACAGGGGUGCUGUCACGUACGACCAGCACAUUCUUCAGCUUCACAUUUUGGAUGAAACUUUAACCACAACUUGGCAUACAGACUAAUUUCAGCUUAUGCCUCGUUUUCUUACACAUAGAAGGCUUCAUACUAACUUAAGACUGUAUUUCUUUGCAGCCAUUCUGUUCUGCAUCUCUUUACCAAAGCAUUUGUGUUCUCCUGGUUUUGUCUAGACGAGAAGAAAAACAUCAGCUACCUUCUCUUUAGGGAGCUGUACAUGUUUUGGAAAUACAUUUUAAUGUUUUUCUUCACAAAGGAAGUCCCAAAUUAGCUCCCUGUGAAAAACCAAGAAAGCAAUGGUCAAAUGACAAAGUUAGAACUUUAAAGCACCAACCCUGAACAAAAUACUGUAGGUGGAACAGGGACAGACAUUUUUUAUGUUGGGGUUAAAAUCAACAUCUGCCCUCAAGCCUAUUUUACCAGAAACUGAUAAAACUAAACAGACAUGGAGCCUUCUUUUUCCAUAAGAUUUAAGUACACUUGUAAAAAAAAAAAAAAAAAAAGACAGAGAUGAUUACUGAGGAGUUACCAAGGUUUUCAUAAAACUUUCGUAACUCUUUUUGAUUUAAUAGAAGUUUCCUUUUAAUGAGAUGCCAGAAAGUGCUGUCGCGACCGGAGUUUUCUCCAGCUAUAUGACGCACGGUGUAAUGCAACAUCGCCCCUCCACCUGUUACUGAGCACUGCUGGUCAGCCUUCUGCAAAAGGGUCCACGCAUGUUUCUCUCACUUGCAAACACAAAAACAUUUGGCAGUCUGGCAAUAUUUCUACUUUCUACAGAACAAAAGAUAGUAAGCCAUUGUCAUUAGAAUCACACUGGUUUAAAACUACAGUUGGUAAGCUAUGAGUUGGCUAGUGAGCUGUUUUAAAUCAAACCUGUUGGACCGUGCUAUAGAUCUUUGUGUUAAUACAGUGGUGGUAUUUCUACUCAAGAUUAUCAUGAUGUGAGAAUCUCUCCAUCUAGCUAUGCCUGGUCAGUUAACAGCAGGGAUAAAAUGUUUCAUUAGUUAUAACAUCAUUUAACAUUAAUACACAUAUGUAGCUGACAGAUAAAGACCCAUGUGGAAGUGGAAGAAAGAAGAAGUGGAACGUUGUUUGUAACCAUUCAUUUGUUAAUGGUUUCCUCCAUUUGGAAUAUUCUAUAUUUAAUUUUUGUAGAUAUUUUUAUUUAAACCCCCUCUCUGUCCCUAUUUUUAAUUUUCCUUCCUGUUUUGUGUCUCAGCAGGAGGGCGUUUAAUGGCAGGGAAUACUCCCAUUUCCGUUUGGAUGUUUGUAUGUCAGUCAACCCCUGGUCAAACCAAAAUAAUAAAGUAUAAUGAGAUACCAUUUCUUGAAGUCACAUAACCACAUUUCCUUACAGUGGACCACAUGUAGUUUAUAGAACAUAGAUUAAAAUCAUCCCCCUGGUGGGUGAGAAUUGACACAUGGUGGGUCUAAAAUGCCCCCUAACUCCAUUACAUACCCAAAAAAGGUUUGUCACAAGACGGCCAAAACUGCAAAGGAUCGAGGUGGUGAACUUAUUAGCGGUUUCGUGCUUGGUUCUGUUGUUUUCCAAGUGGGUUUAAUUUGAAGCGUCUCCAGAGGAAUUGAUCUCUUUCAGGGAGCUAAUUUGAAACGAGAGCUGUGACACCAGCCGUAAAGAUAUGGUAAGCUUUCUAGAACACAACCAGUUAAACCAUCUACAGUCGCUCUCGGAGGUUUACACACCCCUGGUCAAAUGCUAGUUUUAUUGAUGGAAAAAAUGGUAAAUCAUUUUUCAAACCUUUUCAGAGAUAUGUGACAUUCAUCUUGUACAAUUCAACUGAAAAGAAUCCAAUCAGAAAAAAUCUGCAAUAACCUUAUUGCUUAAGUUUUUGCACCAAUACUUUAAAGCACCUUUUGAAUCUGUUUCAGCAUGGGACAUCUUAGCGUAGUAAUAUUUGCACACUCAUAGCAAAAAUUCUUCACAUCAGGUUGGGAGCGCUCUUCAGGUGAGCCCACAGAUUUUCUGUUGGAUUUAGUUCUGCUCGGUCUCAUUCCAACAUGGAUUUGGAUGUAUGCUUGGGCUGACUGUGAAGUGGAAAAAUAAAACUCAUCUUCAUCUUUCUAGCAGAAAAAUGAGCGGUAUUUGGAACUGUUCAUAUUUUCAUCUACCUUCACAAAAAGCAAGUUUCAGCUAAGGAAAAGUAGCCCAGAGCAUAAUACUGCCACCACCUUGUUUCACUGAGGGAGAUGUUCUUUUAGCGAUGCUCAGGGUUGGGUUUUUUUUUGUCAAAUGGAUUUUUUGCUUUUCACAAGAGUGUUUGAGAACCUCUGUUCUUCCCUUGUGUUCAUAUGAGCCAGUGACUCAACUUCAUGUGCCUCUAGAGAUUCACUGAUUAACAUGGUGUUCUCACUGCUAUCAAUGCAAUUUUCUUCUACUGCAUUUUGUUUUAUUGUUUAAAAUGACACACUCACUAUUUUAACUAUAGUGGGAAUGAAGUAUGUAAAGUUGGUGGUUUUGACAAUUUUAUUUGCUGUUUUGUUCCUUUCUUUCAUUUUGAAAUGACUAAAUCAAGUCGGUGCAAUCCUGUUUUUUCUUGCUCAUAUGGACGUUAAUAUUUCAAAAUAAAUCUUGCUAAUUUUAAAAUUAAA